AUGUCUCUAAUCAGAAAAGCUUAUGUUAUGUUUGUCAUAGUAAUUAUAUUGUGUGCAAGAGAGAAUUGCACGGCCACAAGGCCAGUCACGACCAAAGCCCUGCUUAGUACUUCAUUGACUGAUGAAUAUUACGCCUAUUCAAACGUGGUGGACGUUAGAUCAUUCGGUGCAAAAGGCAAUGGAGUGACCGACGAUACCAAUGCAUUUAAAGCAGCGUGGCAAGCAGUCUGCUCCAAAGCGUCCUCAACAUUACACGUCCCAGCUGCUCACAGUUUUCUAGUUGGGCCUAUCACCUUCUCAGGACCCUGCAAAUCAAAGAUUAUCUUUGAGCUUUAUGGAACUAUAAUUGCACACUUGAAUCCCAAGUCCGGGCCUGCCAAUUUGUGGGUAUGGAUCGAUUUCUCCAAACUAAACGGAAUCACUGUAGUCGGCAAUGGCGUCAUAGACGGACAAGGAGCACCUUGGUGGAAGUUGUCCCAAUACGAUGAUAUGGGGAGCGAUGAUUAUGGUGACAGCUUACUGAGUGUGAAGCCCACGGCAUUGAGAUUCUUCGGGAGCUUUUACGUGACCGUCCAGGGCAUCACAAUAAAAAACAGUCCACAAUUUCAUCUCAAAUUUGAGACUUGCACUUCUGUGAAAGUGGCUGGCGUGACAAUCUCCUCUCCUGGAAACAGUCCAAAUACAGACGGAAUUCAUGUUCAAGAAACCAGUGAUGUUGAAAUCCACCAUUCUUCAAUCGCAUGUGGAGACGACUGCGUGUCGAUACAAACAGGUUCCUCUGGCAUCCGCGUUCAUAACAUCAACUGUGGCCCUGGUCAUGGUAUCAGUAUUGGAGGACUAGGAAAAGACCGAUCGAAGGCUUGCGUUUCCAACGUGAGCGUCUACGACAGCAACAUUCAAGAUGCUUCCAAUGGCGUCCGUAUCAAAACAUGGCAGGGGGGAGUUGGAUCAGUAAAGGGUGUGACGUUCUCCAAUAUACAAGUUUCUAACGUGAGGAUUCCCAUUGAUAUCAAUCAAUUCUACUGUGAUAAAACUACGUGUCGAAAUCAAUCAUCGGCCGUCUUCAUAACGGGCGUGACAUAUCAGAAGAUCAUUGGGACAUACGUGGACAAGCCAAUCUAUGUAGCCUGUAGUAAUGAUGUCCCAUGCACUGAUUUGAAGAUGAUCGACAUUAACCUAAAACCUGCUGUUACAUACCACAAGGAUCCCUUCUGUUUGAAUAGCUAUGGACAAUCCACUGUUGGUUGCCUACGAUCUGAAAGGCCCCAAAAUGAUCCCUCCCGCACUCAAUCACACGGGGAUGCAUGUUAA